AUGAGUCUCAAGUCAGACGUUAUCUGCGCCGUGGUCAUUACUUGGGUAGCGGCCUUGCUGGCGCAGAUCGGUCGCGUAUUUGCGCGACGCAUGACAAAGGUACAGUGGUGGUGGGACGACUACUUUUGCCUCGGCGCCUUUAUCGUUGGUAUAGGAUACAAUGUCGUGAUGAUCUACUGUAACUAUCUCCCGGCCCCUUGUCGAUCAGACCGUUAA